GGCCCAUUAUUACAAUCAUAUAAAUAGCUUCUUCAUUUUCAUUUUAGACUUCAUAGACGGUUUGUUUUUUCCAGCAUAAAGCAAUUAAGCAUUAAAAGCAAAGUUGAGUAGAAAGUAGAAAGAAUCAUAGAAUGGCUUCUCCUACUCCGAAAAGAUGGCUUCCUCUUGAAGCUAACCCUGAUGUCAUGAACCAGUUUCUUUUUGGUCUUGGUCUUCCUGAGGAUCAAGCUGAGUGCAAUGAUGUAUACGGAUUAGAUGAUGAGCUUUUGGAAAUGGUUCCAAAGCCUGUUCUUGCUGUGCUUUUUCUUUAUCCCCUUACCACCAAGAGUGAAGAAGAGAGGUUGCGACAGAUAAAUGAAAAAAGGGAAUAUAGCAACAAAGUGUAUUUUAUGAAGCAAACUGUGGGUAAUGCUUGUGGUACAAUAGGACUUCUUCAUGCUCUCGGUAACAUAACUUCUGAAAUCAAGUUUGUUGAGGGUUCAUUCUUUGAUAAGUUUUUCAAAUCUACCGCAAACUUGGACCCAAUGCAGCGUGCUUUGUUUCUUGAGAAUGAUACUGAGAUGGAGGUUGCUCAUUCUGUAGCAGCCACUGCUGGUGAUACAGAGGCAUCAGACAAUGUGGAUACUCAUUUCAUCUGCUUUGCUUGUGUGGAUGGUGAACUUUAUGAGCUUGAUGGAAGAAAGUCAGGAGCAAUAUCUCAUGGUCCAUCCUCACCAAGUACUUUGUUGAAGGAUGCAGCUAAAGCCAUCCAGAGCAUGAUCCAGAAGAAUCCAGAUUCCCUCAACUUCAAUGUCAUUGCAUUAUCAAAGAAAUCCCAGUGAUGGAUAUUAAGGCAGUCAAUUUGAGCUUUUUUAGGGUUAAUGAACAUUUUGAUGUGAUUUCUUCAUGUUAUCUGUAGUAUAAUCUCACGGCAUUCUCAUGCAUCUUUUUAUUCACUUUAUCUCUGUGUAUGCUCAGAUUUGUUUUUACAUUCAAAGUGAUCUUGUAAGCUUAUGCCUCUCUGAAUAAAACUUGAUGUAGUAACAUUUCAUGAUGAAGAGUAUGACCGGCAUUUUCAAAACUUACCCAUUAAA